AUGAAUGUCUAUCAUCCUUAUUUUUAAUUUCUAAGACUUUAACAAUGGCAACAAUAAUAGUCAAUAAAUAAUGUUAAAACAACAAUAAAAGUGGAGGAGGGCUUAGAGUAUUAGAAUACAUAAUUUCUAGCGAAUAACGAAUUGAAUCAAAAUCAACCAUAUAGUCUGUUGAAUAGAACCAGAACUAGAAAACUCAAAUAAAAAAAACAAGAAAGAAGAAUUCAAAGAAAAUAUAUAAUAAAGGUAUAAUAGGAACUAAAUGUUAGGUCACUGGACUCAAAAGGAACAUCGUUUAUAUUUGUAAUUUAUAGAAACAAAUAAAGAGAUUAUGAUGAAAUCAGACAUGAAAAAGCAAGAGAAAAUCUUUAAAUAAAUGUCUAUUGUCAUAAAAUCCCGAUCUCCUUCACAAUGUAGAUCACAUCAUUAAAAAUUCAAUCCUUUUUGA